CCUCCCUCCUCUCUCUCUCUCUCUCUCUCUCUCAUCACAUUUGCUGGAACUGGAGGGACACCAACCACAAACUACUCUCACAUUUCUUCCCACCAUCCUCAUCCUCCUCCUCCAUUUCCAGCUAGCUGCAGAGCUCAAAUGGCUACCUUAACCUUCUCGCUUUCUCUAUUCACCCUUCUCGCUCUAUUUACAUCAGGAGUGUUGUCAACAACAUUCACAAUGGUAAACAAAUGCGAGUACACAGUAUGGCCGGGCAUUCUCUCCAACGCCGGAGUCCCGCCGCUUCCGACCACCGGCUUCGCUCUCGUAAAAGGCGAGACCAAGACCCUAACCGCCCCCGCCUCCUGGGGAGGCCGCUUCUGGGCCCGAACACUCUGCUCCCACGACUCCACCGGAAAAUUCUCCUGCGUCACAGGAGAUUGCGGCUCCGGAAAGCUAGAAUGUUCCGGAAGCGGCGCCGCACCUCCCGCAACACUCGCCGAGUUCACUUUAGACGGUGACGCCGGCCUUGACUUCUUUGACGUCAGCCUCGUAGACGGUUACAACCUCCCCAUGCUGGUGGUUCCCCAGGGCGGGACCGGCACCAACUGUACCAACACCGGCUGCGUGGUCGACCUCAACGGCCUUUGUCCGUCGGAGCUCAAGGUGAGUAGCGUUGAUGGAAGCCAAGGCGCCGUCGCGUGCAAGAGCGCGUGCGAGGCGUUUCAGCAGCCGCAGUACUGUUGCAGCGGCGCGUACGCUACACCCGACACUUGCAAGCCGUCUUCGUACUCGGAGGUGUUCAAGAAGGCGUGCCCUCAGGCCUACAGUUAUGCAUAUGACGAUAAGACCAGCACCUUCACAUGUGCCAAUGCCGAUUACACCAUCACCUUCUGUCCCUCCCCUAACACCAGUCAGAAGGCUUCGCAAGGCCAAACCACACAGCCGGCUCAGACCAGCAACUCGCCGGAGAUAAACAGCACAAUGGUGUAUGAAGGCGCCUCUGACGCUGACGGAAGCGUAACAUCUUCGUCGUUCACGUCCGUCCACGUGUUCGCAUCGCAUGCAACUGCCGGUGCGGUCAGCGUCACGGUGGCUGUUUGGCUAUUGUGGCAGCACUACCUCUUCUAAAUUGUGAUAUGGCUGGUUCCGGGAACGUGGGCCCCCGCGCCUUUUUGGGUCUAGGCCUUUUCCGAAGCAUGGGCCAUGUGAUUUGGGGGUUUCGUUGGGUCCCCAUAUUGUGGCCGGCUGACGCGGAUUCGAGUCAGGCAAGAUGGGUAAAGCCCACCCACCCGCCAGCUACGUACUUAUACGACACUAUCUAUUGAGGCAGACGGGAUGUCGUUGUCCGUCUAUCUAUAGAAACUGAAAUUCGAUUGAUACUGAAAUCUGGAGCCAAAGCUUAGGUUAGCUAGCUGUUAGGUCGAGUAUUAGGGAAUAUAUAUAUUCUUUAUUUAUUUACCAUGUUAUCCGAAUAAUCUUUUUUUACAUUAAAUGGAGGGUCAUGAUUCAUUUGUAUAUUGGAGAUUUAACUGAGAUAUGAUUAUGUAAUUUAACUAAACCACCAUGUUCUCAAAGUUCCAUUUGGAUCACUUAGAAAAUAGGAGUUGAUAGAGGCUUUGUUCUUUAGUUUGUACUAGGAAUUUUAACCCGUGCGUUAUUGUGGGUCUGAGAAGAGCAAAUUUAUAUAUAUGGUUCUUUUUUUCAAUUCCC